UCGAUCAAGAACGUCCUGAAGAUUGUGGCAAGUUGUGAAAAUGAUACUAAUACUGCUGGCGAUAUUCCUGGUGCUAACUGUGGUGCAAUACAUCCGGUUUCGGCGAAGCAUAUCAUUCGCCAAGAAUAUACCAUCCGUGGAACCAGUUUACCCAAUUAUUGGAAAUGGAUUGCUAUUUCUGGGGAAGAGUGGUGAAGAAUUGUUCAAAAACUUCUCCCAGGCGUUGAGUCAUCCGGCAAAACUGUUUCAAGUAUGGUUGGGAGUCAUUCCGCUGAUUUGCACCAACGAUCUAAGUGUUGCGCAGAAGAUUCUUACCCAGUGCCUGGAGAAGCCAUUUUUGUACGAUUUCUUCAAACUUGAUCAUGGUCUGUUCUCCGCGCAUUAUCACAUCUGGAAGGACCAACGAAAAUCGUUGAAUUCCACGUUUAACCAACGAAUCCUGAAUGGAUUCCUUCCGAUGUUCGAUCAAUGUGCCCGGAAUUUGGUGCAGAAGCUGCAAUCCUGCCCGGAAGGAAAGCCGAUCAAUAUUAUCGACUACACAUUGCGAUGUACGCUGGAGAUGGUUUGUGGAACGACGUUCGGAGUGGAUAUCAACAAAAAUCCGGGAGCGGAUAAACUGUCCGGCUUGAUUACAGAGAUUUUCCACCUUGCUUCGAAGCGAGUUCUGAAGAUGCAUUUGUUCUGGGAAAGACUCUAUCGAGUGACCAGUGAUUAUCGGUUGGACGUCGCGCUGAGGAAAGAGGCUUACUAUUAUGCAGAUAAGAUCAUUCAGGAUGCCAUAGUCCGCCGAAAGCUAGGAGCGGCCGAAAACAACGACGCAGAAAGUGAUGGCUUUCGGAAGCCGCAGAUAUUCGUCGAUCAGCUACUCGACCACCAGGAUGGCAAACAUUUUUCCGAGAUCGAAAUUAUUCACAACGUUUAUACGAUGAUCGUUGCGGGAAGCGACACAUCCGGCAACGAAAUGGGCUACAUUACUCUUAUGUUGGCCUUACAUCCGGAGCUGCAGGACAAAGUGUACCGUGAAAUAGUGGAAGUAUUCCCAACCGAGACCAAAUUCACCUUGGACAACCUUCGUCGACUAGAGUACAUGGAAAUGUUCAUCAAGGAGUGCCUACGGUUGCUACCGAUUGGACCGCACAUUAUGCGGCAGUCAACGGCUGACAUCGAGCUCGAUGGGGUCAUUGUGCCGGAGGGUAACAUUCUGGUUGUUAGCAUCUACAACAUACACCGAAGGAAGGACAUUUGGGGACCGGAUGCGGACAAGUUCAAUCCGGAGAACUUUUCGCCGGAGCGAAGUGAAGGACGACACCCGUUUGCGUUCAUACCGUUCAGCGGAGGCAACCGGAACUGUAUCGGAUCUCGUUACGCAAUGUACAGCAUGAAGAUUAUCUUGGUGCAUCUUUUGAAGAACUUUAAAUUCCUGACACGUCAGCGAUUCGAAGAUAUCCGGUUUCAGUUUGAAGCAUUGUUGAAAAUGUCGCACGAACCGGAAAUCUUGCUGGAACGACGGCAUCAUUUGACUGUACCAAAGGAAUGAUUUAAUGUUCUUGGUGAAACGUCCUUUUUUAAUAAGAAAUGCAGGCUUAGGUUUUAGUUUUUUCCCAAUCAGUUUAUUUAUUAAGGCUCAAUUGUC